CAGGUUCUCUCCGAAUAAAAUCCGACCGGCCAUUUUGAACGUGGACGUUCUGACGAAUCAGUCCACAACAUAUGCCGUUAGUGGAGUUUACGUCUACAAUUUUAUUGAACUACAAAAGAUCUGUGUUUGGAAAAUAUGUCGGUUCUACGGUGCUUCGCGAUCGCCGUGGUGACGAUGGUGGCCUUCUGCGAAGGACAACCGAAGUGGUUUCAGGACAAAGAAAACGAACUUCUGAAGACGCUUGAAGCGGCCCAGGCGAUGAAACUGAACCAGCUGGAAGAGAAGGGCUUGAGACAUGUUAUGGAGGACGUGCAGCAGGGCAGGGAUCCGGAGGGAGAAGACGAAGUCAUCCGAAUGGAGCUCGCGUAUGCCUUCCGGAAUCUCAUGUCUCUGAAUCCAUACGACGAGGCAAGAAUUAAGGCAGACUUCCGCGAGGUCCUCGGUGAGAAGAUAGCCAAUGAAAUCUUCGAAGAGGGCGAGAAGAUCACGGAAGAAGAACUGAGAAAGAAACAACACGUUCAGAAAGAUCUGGACUUCAACAAGCGACAAAAAGGGGCCUGGAAUCACGUCGUGAACGACGCAAAACGUGGCCGUGACAUGACUGACCACAAUAAGAGCAUUUUGCAUAGAAUCACGCUUGACGCAUCAAAAAUAUUUGCGCUGCCCCCUGAAGAGCUAGAAGCAGAAAAGGCGCUGCUGGUGAUGUCGUACGGAGAGGAGACGGCACAGCGGAUACUUGACGGCAUCCAUGUUGUUCACGACGAGGUUAAGAGCAAAGCUCAAGCAACAUCGGAAGCGGAAAGGGCCAUGAAAGAAGUGUUGGCUGGAAAGGAAAUACCGCACGACCAACCACAGGCUGCAGUCGCGACCCCUGUUCAAGUACAGGCUGCACGAAUAAACCCUGCUGCUCAGACACAAGAUGCGGGUGCAAAACCUACACAAGGACAGGCUGUACAUCCAAAUCCUGUUCCAGUUAAAGUACCAGCUGCAAACCCCGCUAAAGCACAAACCGAUGCUCCAAACCCUUCAGAAGGAGAAGCCGAAGCUGCACAACCUGCCGCACAGCCAAAUGUUGCACAACGUCUACGCGCCAAGCCUGCAAAAGGACAACCUACUCGAGCGCAGGCUGCAGAAGCGACACCGACUGAAGAGAAAGAUGUAGAUACAGACGCUACCUAAACCCGUACAAGGAACCGUUUGUCUGGGCCCUUUACCAACUGGGCCUAUGCCCAAUCAAACCAACUAGGUCCAUGUUGGAAAAGGGCCGAAUUGCCUUGAUCCCACAAAAAUUAUCCUGCGUAAAAAGAUGAAAUAGUGCUUUUCUAUUAUAUAUCUCACUCAUUCUCACUCAUCCUCGCCCCAUAUCAGACUUUGCUGAGGCGGGCCGUCAUCGUUCUCCAAGUCUUCCUGUCUGAAGCUGCUCUCUGCACCCCCUCCCAGGUACAUCCCAUCUCUGCCAGGUCACGCUCUAUUAUAUAUAAGGCACCAAAUGACAUGUUUAUUUUAGCCACAUACGAUAAAGCAAAAUAUUACAGAUGUGGCGAUUUUACUUAGUCCUUAUCAUCUCGUAUAGUAAGUUGAGCUUUAAGAUUUAUUUUGCAUUUCCAUUUUGUGGUCAGCAGUUGACUGUACAAUAGUCGCUGUCCUUUAUGUUGCAACAAUGAAGCUUUCUAAAUUAAAGUGGGAUAUUGAUAGAUAAAGGCGUUACUUGCUAGUAGGCACUGUAACGCAAACUGUCGAUACAUGCAGGCGUGUUAUGCAGUCUUAUAAAUGCUGCAUGAGAUGUAGAAUUAAACUAACCAACAGCGGGGUGAAGACACUGUUGGAUAAUAUGAGUAUGUAUAUAUUAAAUUCUAAAGAUUUAUGUACAGAUUCGCCAUUAAAUGAAGUUUAUGACGUGCACAUUACGCCUACACAUGUUAGUAGAUAAACAUAUACCACUUGUGCAAGCCGAUAGAUACACAUCAUUUAGAAUCAUGUCCAAUAUUCUUGAAGUUUGAUUCCAAUAAACGUUUGUGGCAAAGA